CCUGCGAAGAUGAUAGUUAAAAGGAUGGUUCUCUCUGUUUCUGGUUUAAUUUUAAUUUUAGCCAGUUUUAACAUAAAAGUUGUUCUGGGCUGUAUGUGUAUGCCGAUUCAUCCACAUAGCGCUUUCUGUAAAUCAGAGUACGUUGUUAAGGCCAGGAUUCUUUCACACAAAAUUGUAAAAGUUAAUCACACAGACGAAAGCUUACAAAACUUGGGCAUUCCUUUGCCGCAUUAUAUUGUUUAUAAGAUACUGAUUAAUUCCGUGCUGAAAAAUGCAAAACCGUCAUUUCGAUUUAAUUUGCAACAAAUUCAUUCGCUUCAUAUACCUGCAGCAGAAAGCAUUUGUGGAAUUCAACUUGAGAUUGGAAAACUUUAUUUGCUGACUGGAAAUUUUGAUCAUGCUAAACUUCAAAUGACCAGCUGUGAUUUUCAUUUGAAAUGGCACCAAUUAACUGUUGAUAUGAUUGAAGGUAUGAGUGGAAAAUAUGAUUGUAGUUGCCAGGUUGCAACGUGUAUGGAUGGAUAUUGCGAUAUUGAAAAUGGUUGCAAAUGGAAAGUCUCCUGGGAAAAAUCUUUUGAAGAUUGUGUAUAUAAGCACUUGAGUUGUGAAAGGUCUUAUAGAAAAGUUUGCCAAUGGGUUCAAAAGUCGUCUUAUAAACAAUGUUUGUUAGCAGAAAAAAUUUUUAAUCGUAUUCCGAAGGUCAUAACAAAAAACUAAGUGUACAACUAACAAAUGUCCUUAAAAAAUUUAUUUUAACAUUGAUUUCUAUAUGUUAUCACAGAAGUGUUGCUGGGAUUAACCAGAGUACAAAUUAAUUAAAAUAAAAUAAUGUAAUCACAA